AUGUUAAGAAACCGUGUGAAAACAUUGAGGGGUCGAUAUCAAUCAAUAUGUCAACUUUUUAGGCAUAGUUCGGGAUUUGGUUGGGACCCCAUCACAAAGAAGUUCACGGCUAGUGAUGAAGUAUGGGAAGGCUUCCUUAGGUCCCACCCAAAGAGUCAAGGUAUUCGCAAAGAGACAUUUACGGACUAUGAAGAUUUGAUGACUGUAUUUGGCGAUGGAACAGCUAAAGGAAAUAACUCAAUUGGAUUGGGUGAUGGUACUGAUGCCACAACAUAUACAGUCGAAGAAAGUAGGCCAAUCAGAGUAAACGAAUUUCCUUCACCUGAUGAGAGCUUUGAGCAACUUGAUCCAUUAUUUCAAAAUCCAUCAUAUGCAUCAUCUUUCCUAGAUGCAAAUUUGGAGGGUUCCGCUCCAACACCCGUACAAAAGCUACUUCCAAGGAAAAGAUCUCGACCUGAGUCUGAGCUAAAAUCAAAUGGGACCACCCCUCACAUCGUUCUUAUAGAAAAAGUUUCCCUUGGAAUGGAUUCGAUUGCUGCAAUUGCUACUGAAAUUCAAGGAAUUCAUAGCAUAAUGGAGAAAAGAGAAAAAGCUAGAGAAAAAAUGGAAAAGGAGAAAAAAGAAGAAGAGAAAAACAACAAUCUUUGGGAUGCUAUCAAAGAGACUCCAAACUUGGAUCCUCCCGUUCGUUACAAAGCAAUUGCAUUGGUUCAAUAGUUGGGAAUGAAAAAAGAGUUCUUGAAAAUGACACCAGAAGAACACUCAGAGUGGAUGAAAUACAAUAUGAAUUGAAUGUGGUUAUUUCGGAUUUGUUACAUCUUGGAAUAUUUACUUUGUUUGAUAAUAUGUUGACUUUAGUUCCGUUAUUUAAAAUUUGAUAUUGGAGCAUUUACAUAGUUUGAUAAUAUGUUGAGUUUGGUUCGGUAAUUCAUUUUGACCUUGGAAUAUGUACUUUGUUUAAUAAUAUGUUGACUUUGGUUUGAAUGACAGAAGAAGUAGUUUGCUUCCUUACCUUUGUUUCUUUUAUGCUCUAAUGGAUACAUUUUUUAUUUUUUAGGUGAUUCUCUCUC